AUGGCCGAGUAUCCAGACACCCAGAAGUCAGACACCAUCAACGUUAAUGCUCCUGACAAGGAUGGUGAGCACGUUCCGGAGCUUGAUAGGAAGAGGAAGAGGGGAUCCUUUAUGGAGGAUGAGCUUACCGUCUUCAGCGGCAUGAUUCAGGCAAUGACGGAGGUGGCCACUUCCAUCAGGGAGAGCAAACCGGUCGAUCUCCACCCCGACCUCUAUGGCGGCAUCAUGGACCAAGGUGGCUUCAGCCCAGAGGCUCUCAUAGCGGCUCUCAGCGAGCAACUGGACAACAAAGCCAGGUAUUCAAGGGGAAUGGAGCUGCAGCCAGACGCCCCGCCGGCGCCGGUGCCAUCCGACAGGGAUUGGUCGGAGAUGCCACUGGAUGCGCUUACUUUGGUCUUUGCUGGGCUCGGCGCCGUCGAGGUUCUCAUGGGCGCGGGCCUUGUGUGCCACUCGUGGCUUGAGGCAGCCAAGGCGCCUGAACUCUGGCGUAAGGUGGACAUGGGGCGGGGUCCGCGUGACAAGGAGGUGUUGGAGAAGAAGACGGGCAUUUCUUGGUGGGGGGACGGAGAUUUUGAUUUUGACUACUCAUGCUACAACAUAAAAGACAUGUCCGCAAUGGCGAAGGUGGCCGUGGACCGAUCCAACGGAAAGCUGGAGGUGUUUGUGGGGGAAACAUUUGUUACUGAUGAAAUACUCAAUUAUAUUGGGGCCAGGUCGCCCCUUCUGAAGGGGCUUGCCCUCUCGACAUGUCACGAAGUAACAAGAGAAGGAUUCACCCAUCUGGUAAACAAGUCCCCUCUGCUAGAAGACAUUGAGCUUUCGGGUUGUAUAGGUGUCGGUGGCGACGCAUUGGUGGCCGCUGGCAGGGCAUGCCUGCGGUUGCGACGCCUUGGCCUCGCCUGUAUUAGAAUCAUGAACGAGGAACUCAUGGCGAUCGUCGAUGGUUGCCCAUGCCUGGAGCAUCUCUCGGUGGUCAAUUGCUACGGCAUAUGUGUUGACGACGCCCUGAUAGCGAAGUGUGCCACUGUCAAGACGCUAGAGCUUCCGACUUCCCAGGAUUACCAUUAUGAUUCAGAUGAGUAUGAUGAUCACGAGUCUGGGGCCGCUUCCAACCGUAGCUGGAUGUCCGAGGACUAUGCUUAUAAUGAUCAUGACUCGGACUAUGAUUAUGAGUACUAA